CAAUUUUAAAUUUAUUUCGUGUUUGGUUCGUAGUCGCUAUAGUCGUCUCUGCUGUUGUUGUUGCCGCCGCUCUUAUCGCGUUUGAUGUACAUUUGCGCAGUGUAUAUUAAAAUAUAUGUAUUGCAAAAAAAAAAGAAAAAUCCGGAUCCAUAUUCGUGUAUAGUGCAGGAAAGAGAAGACGAAAAGAGCGCGCUCAGAAAAUAAUAAAAACCAAAACGGUUGUUUUUAUUCGUACCAAAGUGAUACAAAUAUAAAGUAUAUGUAUGUCAACAGCUUCCACUUCCAUCGCCCACAUAUUAUAGUAGUUGUUGCCAUUAUUUUUCGCUCGUCCGUCUGCUCCGUGAGUUUGCGUCGCGUGUAAGUUUGUAACCGUAAAUGUAAAAUUGUGCAGCAGCUGCUUCAAUUGCACUAAUUUCUUCAAUCAGCACACAAGGCAAGGCGCUCUAAAAAUUCAAUCUAAACAAAAAAGCGAGCGAAACUAGCGAACUUAUUUUAACGAGUGAAAACCGGCUGAUCAGAAUGCCUUAUCAACCAGCAACCAACAGCGGCGCGGGUAAUGGCAAGACGGCCAAAAUGUCGCAGCUGAAGUUCUGGAACAAGCAAAACAACAACAAGCAGGAGAAGGACAACACAGAUAGCGCAAACAGCAACAACAAUGGUGACGCGAAAUCCGAGGCAAAGAACGGCAAACGCAAUUGGCUGCACACGCCCGAGCAGCUCAUCAACGGACAUGCGGUCUAUCUAGUCAAGUUCUUUGGCAACCUGAGCGUGGAUCAGCCCAAAGGCAUUGAGGUGGUCAAAGAUGCUAUACGGAAACUGCAGUUCGCACAGCAAAUGAAGAAAGCGGAAACGGGUACACAGGAAAAAUUCAAGAAGCUGGAGAUUACGAUAAGCAUUAAGGGUGUGGCAAUACAGGAGCCGCGCACGCAUAAGAUACUGCAUCAGUUUCCAUUGUACAAUAUCUCGUAUUGUGCGGAUGAGAAAGGCGUCAAGAAGUUCUUUAGUUUCAUUGCCAAGACCGUGAAGACACCAGAGUCCAGCGCUGAGACAAAUGGUUACAAUGGCACUGGAAUGAAUGGCAGCGCCAAGGCUGAGGAAACGCACGAGUGCUUUGUAUUCAUAUCAAAUAAACUGGCGUCUGACAUAACGCUGACCAUUGGGCAGGCUUUCGAUUUGGCCUACAGGAAAUACAUGGACAGCAAUGAAAAGACGAAUCUGAACAAAGCGCAGCAGCAAAUCGAUCAUUUGCAGCAAACGAUUGCCAUUUAUAAGGAACGCCUGCAGGAGCUGUCCGCCAAAUUGCCAAAGGCCGAACUGGAUGCCAUGCUGUUCAAGUUGGGCAUUAAGGAUAUUGUGGAGGCGCCAAGCGCUGAACUGUAUGGCGGUGAAGCUCUACACAAUGGCAAGCUAGAUGAGGACAAACUGUUGAUUGACACCAACUCGACGACGGUAUCGACACACUCAUCGUCACCCAACUCGUUCUUGCCUAUUGUGCCGCCGCGCAACAAUCUUUCAAGCCAAAUCAGCACCAGCAGCAGCAAGAGCAAUAGCCAGAAAAUGGACGAAUUGCUGCUCAACUCAGAUUCGGAUAGCGAUUUCGAUCCACGCGCCGACGAGAUAAACGACAAUUUGAGCAAUGGCCGUAAUGCGAUCAGCAACGAUCUAUUUGGCUUUGAGCCUUCAAAGAGCUUUGGACAGCAGCUUUUCUUCAACAACAACGAUCACAAGCUGCAGAACAACAACAGCAGCAGCAUGAUAAACAACAACAACAGCAUCAACAGCAGUGGUUUCUCCAGCGAGCUAAACAUAACACCACCAUUAUUGGCUCCACCGCCCAAAAUUGCAGCACCGCGUCGCAUUACACCGUUGGGCAACAACAACAAUGGCCUCAACGGCAACACUGAUCUAUUCGGCUCGGAUCCAUUCGAGAUGAAUGGACCCAGCGUGUUUAAGAGCAAAUUGAACAUCGAUGACUUCUCGCUGGAGAGCCUGGAUCCAUUGCGCAAGUGAAAUCGGUGGUGCUAACAAAGCCAUUAAAACAAUUUUAUAUGCAUAACAACUAUAAAGCGCAAAUUUAUGUUACUAUAUACAUAUAAAUAUUUUGCAUGCAUAUGCAAGUCGUAGAUUUUGUCCCAAUCUCUCUUGUCUCCGAUUCGCGCACAUUCCAACGCUUUAGUGCAAUGCUAUUCAAAAUUCGCCAACAGAAUUGUUUGAGCAAUUCAUAAUUAUUCAAUUCGUAUUAUUGUUUAUAUAUUGUAUUUAUGAUUUUUGUCGAUUUUUUAUUGCAUAAUCUUAUUAUUGAGAAGUAAACAACACAAUGCACUUUGUUUAAACGUUUCAAUUGUUGCAAUAGUUAAUUGUUAGUUUAAAUCAAUGUCGCGAAAAACAGUUUAAAGAGAAAUGCAUACGUCAAUUACGUGAUAAUGUGAAAACGCUAAAAACUAAAUGUGAGAAUUUUGUAUAAAAUGUGUAACUAUAAACGAAUAUUAUGUAUUUAUAAAAAUAUGUUGAAAAACAAAAACAAA